AUGAUUAACGAAGUCAGGAUUUAUCAUAAAUCGUCUUGGAACUGCGGUCGCAAUUUCAAAACAACAACCAUUCCCACUGAAGGCGGCCAUAUGCGAUGUCUGACCCCAAUCACCAGCCUUGGAAUACAUUCCUCCAACCAUAUCGACCCUGCCGUAAGUGCCAUGAGCGCACCAAAGUCGAACAGGUAUAUCGCGAAGGAUACAUGUAUAUCAUGGGCACUACACCCAGAACCUGCAUCUGCGGCAGAUCAUAUUAUCCCUACGAUAUACUAGUUAUCGCUAUACACGGUCAUUAUGACUUGCCACUUGGUGGGGCACCCCUCGACAGCAUCUCCUACGGUGUCUUCGUGGGUCCCGACUCGGAAUCCAACUCCGGUUCACGUCUAUACAUUGAGCCGGGUGGUCUUGAGGAUUCAAAAGUACCAGAUGGCCCCCUAUGGACCAAAGAAGCGGCGAGUUUGGCUGCUGCAAGGAAUGCAAUUCGGACUGCAUUGCGGAUUGCGGAAAAGGGUCUAUCGUUCUCGAAAUUGGUUAUUAAGACCGAAUCCCAAAACAUGGUUACGUGUAUGACUGAGACUCCAAGCCAGUCUUCGGCAUUCGAUAAUGCCCGUGAGAUGCGGCGGAAAAACCUGAUGUAUUGCGCUGAACUUCGGAAAACUGCUGUCAUGGCUUCGACGAAAGGUAUUGAAGUGAUGUUGUGGGCGGUAGAGAGAGGUACAAAUCGUGAAGCCAUUCAGUUGGCGGAAUUGGCCAUGAAGACGGCUCCACGAGCGAAAUUUCACUCGCCGGGUCGGUAA